AUGGUCUCCGCCGGUGUAGCCCUAGGCGUCAGUCUAUUGUUGUCAAGCAGUUUGCUGGCUUCUUCGCAAUCUCUCUCGGACUGCCAUAACCAUGGGAGCACAUUGUUUUGCGUUGGACAGGAUGGGACGGAGGUCCCCGUCUCUACAUCAAUGACCUCUAUGACUCCACAAACAAGCCAGUCCAACAUAACCACCACCACCGGGCCUCCUCAAACAACGGCAAUUACUAGUUGCCAUACGCAUGGACCACAGACAUUUUGUGUUCAGGGUAAUGGGGAUGAGGUUGAGGUCUCAGCUCUCGGAACGCCUACUACGCCAGUACCUGCACAAUUUACAAAUUGCCAUAUGCAUGGAACUGAUAGAUUCUGCGUAGGUGAAAGCGGCCAUGAGGUUAAAGUACUUAUGCCUUCUCAAACAUCGGGCGCGGGCCAGCAUGGACAUGGUCAGGGCAAGAUGCCAUCGUGCCAUUUCCAUGGCGGUGUAGAGCAUUGCAGCGGUGACGCCGAUAACUCAGCCCCAGUAUCUUGUGAACGAAGAGAUCGGAACUAUAAUGUACCUCUUCGAAUUGGAUCUCUAUUCGCUAUCCUAGCUACCAGCGGCAUAGCCGUCUUUGGCCCGAUUCUAUGGGCUCGAUUUUUCAAUUCGAGUUUGAAUGGAGUGGUUUUCACGAUCAUUAAGCAGUUUGGCACUGGCAUCAUGGUGGCCACUGCGUUUGUUCAUUUGCUUACCCAUGCACAACUCUUAUUCCAAAAUCGAUGCUUGAGGGGCUUGAACUACGAAGCAACCACAGCUGCAAUCGUGAUGGCUGGUAUCUUCUUGUCGUUUCUGGUCGAGUACAUUGGAAACCGAAUAAUUCUUGCCAGGAUACCAGACUCCAAGCCGCAUGUCCAUGGUGAUGCAGAGUUGGAGCCAAAUAGCGAAGUUCAAUCGAAGAUACCGCAAGCAAAAUCCCCCAAUGGUAGCGACAACGAACCAUCCUCGACCACGUUGACGAACCUUGGCCACCAGCAUACCCUUGUUCAACCAGAUGACAAACUAAGCGUGAUGGUAAUGGAGGCCGGAAUCAUCUUCCACUCUAUCAUAAUCGGCCUCACCCUUGUCCUCGCCGGUGAUUCCGGGUACAUCAGCCUCUUCAUCGUUAUUAUCUUCCACCAAAUGUUCGAGGGCCUGGCCUUGGGUGCACGAAUCGCCAACCUGAAAACAACCGUGACCGCAUCCAAGCUUACCAUGGCGCUGAUGUUUUCGCUCAUCACACCGGUGGGCAUGGCCAUUGGCUUAGGCGUGCUGCAUAGAUUCAACGGCAACGACCGGUCCACCAUCAUCGCCAUUGGAACACUGGAUGCGUUGUCGGCCGGUAUUUUGGCGUGGGUGGCUCUGAUUGAUAUGUGGAGUCACGACUGGUUGUAUGGUGAUUUGCGAAAUUCAGGGUUCGUUAAGUCGGCUGUUGGGUUCCUUGGGUUGAUUGCAGGUAUGGUUUUGAUGGGAUUGCUGGGUAAAUGGGCGUGA